AUGGUCCUAGUUGAUCAUCCCAAUGUUCUUAAAUCACACUGCUCCUUUGUUAGUGAUCACAAUCUAUGGGUUAUCAUGCCUUAUAUGGCUAGAGGUUCCUGUCUCCACAUUCUGAAGGCUGCUCAUCCAGAUGGCUUUGAAGAGACUGUUAUUGCAACAGCUAGGAAUAUUCUCAUUGAUGCACGAGGUGGAAUAAAGUUGGGAGAUUUUGGUGUCUCUACUUAUUUAUUUGAUUCAGGUGAUAGACAACGUAUGCGGAACACAUUUGUCGGAACUCCUUGUUGGAUGGCGCCGGAGGUCAUGGAGCAAUUGCAUGGUUAUGAUUUUAAAGCUGAUAUUUGGUCCUUUGGCAUAACUGCUUUGGAGCUUGUUCACGGCCAUGCUCCUUUCUCAAAAUAUCCUCCAAUGAAGGUCUUGCUAAUGACAUUACAAAAUGCACCCCCUGGCCUUGAUUACGAGAGGGAUAAGAAGUUUUCGAAGUCUUUUAAGCAAAUAAUUGCUAGUUGCUUGGUGAAAGAUCCUUCAAAACGACCUUCAGCCAAAAAAUUGCUAAAGCAUCCGUUCUUUAAGCAAGCAAGGUCCAACAAUUAUAUUGCUAGAACAUUGUUGGAGGGUUUGCCAGCACUUGGAGAUCGCAUGAAGGCCUUGAAGAGGAAAGAAGAAGACAUGCUAGCACAGAAGAAGAUACCAGAUGGGCAGAAAGAAGAAAUAUCACAGAAUGAAUAUAAACGGGGGAUUAGCAGCUGGAAUUUUAACCUUGAAGAUUUGAAGGCACAGGCUACCUUGAUUCCAGAUGAGGAGAUUAUUGGUGACAAGGACCAAGGUGGGAGUUCGAAUGUGAUGUCUGCGCUUGAUAUUCCAGGGAAACAGCUACACAAGUUUCAGCAUCAGUUCUCCUUCUCAAGUCAAUAUUCAGAAUUAAUUUAA